AUGAACGGCACUUAUUACGAUACAAAAGAUAACAACUCGAGUGACAACAUGCAUGACGAUUUUUUAAACUACCCCAAUUUUAAAAAAUUCAUUGACAGUAAUAAUAAUAGUGAUCAUGAAAAUUUCGAGGAGUCGAGAAAGUACAUACACAGAGAGAUAACGAAAACACUUAAUGCGAAUUCGGUGAAAGUAUGCAGAAAUAUUGAUGAGCGAAAAUUGCCAGGAAAUACGACUAAUAAAUUUUGCUUAAAAACUAUGGAAAAUCAGAGUAUCAAAAAGGACUUUCCCUAUGGUGGUAAAAAUGACUCGGAGAGCAAGGGGAGUAGUAGGGGCCUGAACAAGUUUGCGCAUUGCAGUAGUAGUAGUAGUAGCGGCAGGAGGAGCAAUGAGGAGAGUAGUGGCCCCAGCGGCCAAACGGGGCAGAGAGGGCAGAAAGGGCAGAACGGGCAGUGCGGGAGGAGCAGCAUUACCCACCCAAGCAGCUGCAGAAGUAUGAACAAUCUUGGCCAUGCAAGCAACCAGAGUGCGGUGAACAGUGUCAGCUAUCCGAACAGUGCGAGCAACCCAGGCAGCAUCCAUGUGAACCAUUUUGGGCAUCUAAACCAGCCCGGCAGCAUGAACAGUCACCGUGCAGGGAGUGCAAAAGGAAAUCUCGGAACAGGUCCUCCUCCAUCGUCGCAAUUUUUUCAUGGCACCUCUUCGAACGAGUUAAGUGACAAUAAGAACCAUCACCGUGCGAUUAACUAUUUGAAGAGAAGCGAAAUGAACAACGAAGAUAUGGAUCGAAUAAACGAAGCAUUAUUAUUAAAAGAAAAAAAAAAAUUAUUAAAACAUGAAUUUUUUUUCUCGGAACCAAGAAGUAACACUCCUCUCGAACAGGGAGAUAAUAGAACCUUUCGAAAUUUAGAUAAUUUUAUGUUUGCAAAUGAGGAGAAGUUAGGUUAUGCGCGAAGUAGCAGUAUGAAUAACCAUCCGUAUGAUUUAGUGAAAAGCAAUGGUAUCAUGGAGGACGUCAAAUUGAGUGCUUUUACCUCCAACGAGUUUGGCAGCAUGCGAAGGAAGUUCCCCCCCGGUUUGGUUCCCACCAAAGGGGAGGAUAAAAAGAAGAAAAAGGCAAAGGAAAAGGAAAGGGACAAGGAAAAAUUGAAACUGAACGAAGGAGAAAAAGAGAAGGAGGGUGAGAAGGCCAAAGAGGGCGAAAAGGUCAAAGAGUGCGAAAAAGUGCACGAUGGGGAAAAUGCGAGAGAAGGUGGCAGUUCGAAAGGAAGCGAAAAGGGGAAAAAGGGAGAACAUGAAAAGGCAAAAAAGGGCGAGCAGGAAAAGGCAAAAAGGGGCGAACAGGAUAAGGUAAAAAAGGGUGAGUAUGAAAAGGUAAAAAAGGGCGAACAGGAAAAGGCAAAAAAGGGCGAACAGGAUAAGGCAAAAAAAAGCGAACAUGAAAACAUUGCGCAUUUUAUUAAGCAGCAAAUUUUGGAAAAUGCGAAAAUGGAAAGGGAUGCCUUUGGCGACCAUUUCAAGGGUAGUGGGUUUUUCCCCAACUCGCAUGCCAGCAGUGUAGUUGGCGGCAUGCACAACGGGGUUGUUAGCGACGUGCACAGUAGUUUUAGCGGCGUGCACAAUGGGGUUAGCGGCGCGCACACUGGUUUUAGAGGCGUGCACAGCGGUUUUAGCGGCACCCGCCAUGGCAACCACCCGCACAGAUACGAAGUAAAAAACCACAUGCCGGGGUUCCAAAGAAGAAUGAGCGAAAAAAAGGACGCGAACGACUUUUGCGGAUUGGAGAGCGACCCAAACAAGUUCAAAAAGUACAACCACCUGAAAGAUAACUUCCACCUGAACAACAACCAGAGGCACUUCUACCCAAACGGGGACCAGAGAAAAAAUAACUCGGAGCUGUUCCGGACCACCGAUGUUAAUGAUAAGGUGUAUUCAAAUAACAUCAUGUAUGAUGAUUAUUUUACCAUUGAAAAUAUGGAAACUUGCGAAGAAAAAAAGGAGUUUUUUAAAAAUGAGGGAUAUAGCAACAAAAUGAAGAAGGAGAGCUCGCUAGCAUUUCGCAUGCACCCAAAUUUUGACACCAAGGAAUUAAUAAUGGCAAACAGAAAAAAAUAUUUCAAUUUUUCUGAAAAUAGGGAUUUGAGUACCAGCACGAACCACAUGAAGAGCGAUUAUUACAAUGAAAGCAGUAUGAACGAGUUUUCCCUCGAUGAGGUGGCUAGUCAGUAUAGUUUUGCCCGUAAGGACUAUCUGAGCAACCACUUGAAUGGCGAAGUUCUAGGCAUGGAUGGGCAGGUGGAGAAAAUGGAGUACGCUUCCGCCCUAUUAGGGGAAAGGGCAGGAGACCGACAUUCUCUGCAGGGCGCGAGGUUACCAAACGGUGUCAUUGCCGCGCCUCAACUGAUGUACGACAAUUGCAAUGGGCACGCGGGCCGCCAGAACAACGACCGCGCCGCUACGCAUGCGGGUUAUGGAAGUGCCGCUACGCAUGCGGAUUUUGGAAGUGCCGCUGCGCAUGCGGAUUGCGGAAGUGGCUCGGCGCAUGCCAAUUUCGGAAGUACUUCAGUGCACGGGAAUGUGAGGAGCACCACGGUGCAUACCGAUAACAACGGGCAGGAGGAAGAGAACGAAACGAUGAGUACCCUGGUGAAUGCUUUUACGCUGAAAAGGGAGGAAAAUUAUUACCAAAAUAGGAGCGAGAUGAUGCGCGCAAAUGAGAUGAGCAAAACCAACAGCGUUAACACCGCAGAUGUCAGCAGCGCUUUCAACUCGAACAGCUGUAGCCUCAGUAAUGGGAACGGCAGGAGCAUGAACAAUAGCAGUAAUGUCAGCAGUAGCAUUUUCCCUGGCAAAGCCGCCAAGGGUUCCAAUCCCAGCAUGUUCAGAGCGUACGACAUGGUCUCUCCGAAGGAGGGCAUCCCGAGCGGCAGCAGUCACAAGCAGAGGGAAAGGAGCGGCAUGGGGAAGGGGGUCGAAAAUGGAAUCGAAAAUGGAAUCGAAAAUGGAAUCGAGAACGGCCUCGAGAACGGCCUCGAGAACGGCCUCGAAAACGAAGAGCCUGUGAUUAAGCUCUUCUUCGGAAACCUGGCCCCUAUCACCACGGAAAAGGAUAUGCAUAACCUCUUCAGCAACUUUGGCAAGUGCGACUCCCUGAUUAUAUUAAAAGAUAGGAGGAGCAAGUCGAGGGGCUCGGGAUUCGUCACCUUUUACAAUAUGCAGGAAGCAGUCAACGCGAUAAAAAGUUUGAAUAAUAAAAUCAUUUUGUCUGGGGCUCACAAACCGCUGGAGGUUCGAUUCCCUGAGAAUAAGGAAGAGAAAAAACUGAGGACCAAAUUGUUAAAUGCCGCAAAAUGGAAAGGCAAGAAAAUUGCUCCCAGUGGAUGUUUGCCAAUAAGUACGGAGGAUAUAUUAAAUCAGAGCAGUUUACAGCUGAAUAAUGGCCCAGGAGGAGGGGGAGGCAGCCCGGGGGGGAAUCACCGCCUCUCUUUUCUAAACCCGGUUGAGACACCCUCGUACUUUUUAGCAGAGCAUGAGGGUCCCUCGUAUGAGAUUAAGGAGCCCGCCGGCUUCGGUUGCGCGGGUGGCGGCAUGCAGGAGUGUUCUCAUUUGAACAUGCAGGAGUGUGCUUAUGCGAACAUGCGGGACUGUGCUUAUGCGAACAUGCAGGACUGUGCUCAUGUGAGCAUCCAGGACUGUGUUCAUUUGAACAUGCAGGACUCUGCCCAUGCGAACAUGCUGGAGCGCGCACACGCCAACCGCUACGCCUGUUCAGAAGACUUCUCCGAACUGAGGAAAACAGCUAGCGAAACGACGAACGACACGGUGCUCACAGAUUACGUGAAUCGAGUAGAAGAAGGCAGCAAUGUAUGUAGUAGUGGUCGACACAAUUCGUAUAAAAAGGGGCAGGACAAUUUACCUGAUGAUAUGAACCACAUGAGUAUGUCCAAGGAGAGAAAAAAGUACAGUAAGUUUUUGCCCAAUUUUCUAUUAGAUAAUAACCCCCAUGGGAAUUUAGCCUCUAAUUCGUUUCAAUCGUUUGAUGAGGCACUUGGAAACAUGCGAAAUUUUUCCCCUGAUGUGGAUAUGGAAGAGGUAAACGUGGGUUCGAAUGGCUUUUCGGGAGCGUUGGAGGUGAAUGGGGGGUUGAGUCGCAAGGUGGUUCACGAAAUAGUGCAUGAGAAGGUGCCAGGCCUGCAGAGCGAGUCGGGUACCAUGGAGGAGGACACCGCGUGUCGCCAUGAUAGCAUCGGUUCUGCGAGGAGUUUCCACCAGGGGGACGUCGCGAAGGUAGGCGUUGCAAAGGUAGGCGGUGCGAAGGUAGGCGGUGCUAAUGUAAGCAGUGCGAAUGUGAGCGGUGCGAAUGUAAGCAGUGCGAAGGCGAGUCAUUUCAGCGCAACGGAUUGCUUCGCUGCGGAUGGUUUCGCCGCCGACGGCUUCUCUGUGCGUGGCUUUACCGCCAACAAUUCCCCCCCCAGCGGGUUCAACCCCUGCGGGCGAGCGAUGGACGAGGGGGACGAGGCCAAUUCGUACUUCUCCAGCUUUUGCCACGGCUUCCCAGUGCAGAGUAAAAUAAUGGAAGACCAGAACAACACAUUUUUCUCCUACCUGAACAAAGACAAAGGUUUGGCUAGCCAUAACAAGGGAGGGGAAGAAGCCUACCAGCACAAAAUCGACUUCUGUAGGAAGGGGGGAGAUUUCCCUGGGAUAAACGAGUUGGAAGAAAUAAACCACUUUCGGCAGAUGACCGAAUUGGAAGAGGUGAGUGAAGCGUAUGAACGGGGAAGGAGCGAAAAUGACAUGCGCAAUGUUUCGUUGCGUGGUUCGGAAGAAAUGGCAGGGGUAGGAAAGGAGGAGAAUCUGUUGAGCGACAUUUAUGGAGGCAGCAAGGGCCUGGCCUCUCCACCCAUGAAUGAUGAGGGGUACAGCAACAUGAAUGUGCAUUAUCUAGGGUUCGAUUUGUCCCGCCUGAUACAGAUAAACGAGGACAUUCUGUUGCCCCAGAAGGAGGGCGCGAAGGAGAACCACAGGAGCGGAAGCAACAGCGGCAACAACAGCGUCAGCAACAACAACCGCAGCGAAAACAACCGCAGCGAAAACAACCGCAGAAACAACAUUUCCAGUGGGGGCUCGGCUAGCCACCUAAAUGGAACGGAAAUAAUGGCGGCCGACUACUACCAGCACCGGAGGAGGAGCAGCAGCAGUAGUAGCAGCAGUAAUGACGGCAACGACAUGUACAAACUCAACGUUGGGCACGCGCAUGGCACCAUGGAUCUACUGAGUGAUAACCUGUUUGGUAAUAAAAAAUUUGACUUAAAUGACAACUUAAGUGAUGAAAUGCUACGAAAUUUAAUUAGCCUUUAUGCGCAAAAUAAAUCCUCCAUGAUUACUUCCCACAUGUUCAGUUACUUGAAUAAUGUCCUGUGCGAGAUAAACAGCGCCCUGGAGAUUUUUAACAAGUUCAGCGUCAAGACGUCCAUGAAGAACAUGGCGGAGGAGGAGAGUCUCCCCGAGUGA